CAGGUAUAGUGAAGGCGAGAGGAUAGCGUCCGGCGCCUAAAAAAAUAACAAGGGAGGCGGUAUUUUUUUUAGCUACAAUGGCAGACUCUCAAUUGAUGUGCAUGGACGAUGGUCAUAUCAACGAAAAAAUAAUGGAGUCAAAUCCAGAAUUUUACUACAGCGAGGAGCAACGUGCGGCGCUUGAGCAGCUCCUGAUAAACGGUGACGGCGCAUUUAAAGACAGGCUAAAAGAGGACAAGGUUAAUGACUUCCUCUCUGCGAGGGAGAUCAAAUCCAUUCGGCACACUUUUCAGGAACACUGCACGGACAGUGAAGAUAAUCUGGACUCGGCGCCGGCGCCGGCCCAGACGGUCAAACGAGACUCGGGGAUCCACUCCACAUACUGGCCCCAAAUGUCAGAUGUUGAGGUGCCACCCUUAGACAUUGGCUGGCCAGACGGCAGCUCUUAUAAAGGAGUAACACGAGUAAUGGUUCACACGAAUCCGCCGAAAGAAAAUUGUCCUCGUAUUAAGCAAGUGGUACGGAAAAUGAUUCAAGAGUCCAAUAAGGUGGUGGCGGUGGUCAUGGACCUUCUCACGGACCUCCAGAUCCUGCAGGACCUGCUGGACGCAGCCUGCAAGCGCAGCGUCUCCGUCUACAUCCUGCUGGACAGAGGCGGCGAGCCGCACUUCCUGGAUAUGUGCAGUCGGCUGCAGGUCAGCGCACGGCAUCUUAGGAACAUCAGGGUGCGGACAGUACAGGGGGGCGGUCUACUGCUGGCUCCUGGGAAGCUCCCGGGCUCUCUGUGCAACAGAUACAUGCUGGUAGAUGGAGACAAGGUCAUGUUCGGGUCAUACAGCUUCACGUGGAGUUCCUCCCGGAUCGACCGGAGCACGAUGCUCCUCAUGACAGGACACGUGGUGGACACCUUCGACCGUGAUUUUCGAGAGCUCUACGCCGUCUCCGAAGAAGUGGACCUCUACGGCGAGCUCCACAUCGAGAAGGAACUGGCGCCGAUGCCCGCCCCCGUUCGGCCAAAGGUCGAGCAUCAGGCCCCUCCCCCCACCUCCCGCUUUAUGCUUCAGCUGGGAGACCCCCGGGACAUCAGGACCAAAAUCCCGGCGCACAAGUACUACAACCCCAAGUACUCUCUGGUGGUGGGCUCCCUGCAAGACAUCUCAAGCGCCGAGUCGCCCACUGAGCCAGCGACCCAGAGCAACACGAUCCUGAAGGCCAACAGCGAGAGGCCGGACAGGCCCUCCCCGCAGCCCGACUUGCCCGCUGACUCUGAGGGGAAAGGGAGCUUGCGACGGCCCAAAGGACUCGCUCUACUGGUGAAGAAGCCCAGCAUCAGGAGUCUCCUCCGGGUGAAAACGGCCGAUCUGAACGGCGGAGGCGGCGAUGUCUCAUCUCCCUCCCCUACUCGCGCUUCACGCAGGUCUAUAAAAUUCUUCCCCCCACGCCUCACCAUCGGGGGCCCCGUGGACAAGGAGCCGGGGGACAAAUCUGGAGACAAAGAGGCUUCCCCACAGAUCAAAGGAAGGCUCGGGUCCUUAUCGAGAGGAUCCAAAAACUCAUCCCUGCAGAAGGUUAACUCACAGGAAGGGGAGGCCCCGAAAGCACAGGAGCAAUCAGAAAAGGGACCGUGCAUUAUAUCCUGAGAAUGAAGAACAGAAGCCUAGAAGAAUUUUAAGACAUUGAUCUGUGUGAUCAGCUUUUCUAAGGCGGAAAAACAUCUGAGAAGGAACAACUUCAGAGGACUCGAGUUGAACUUGAGCAAUACAACAUGCUCCGUAGACGUGAUAUUUUCGGUAUUAAGAUGCCAUAAUGAACAAGAUAAUCACUGUCGUGUGUUUACUGUUUUCCGGGAGCGGUGUGUAUACGUCACAGGUGCAUAGUUCCAGUGGUUGAAGGUGACAGAACCUGCUGGUUUGCAUUCCACCCUCAGGUCUUAAUCAUUUGCUGGAAGUCAUUACAGGUACAAGAAGUAAACUUUCCUAGGGCAGGGAGGUGGGUGUUCUCCCGCCCUGGAAUUUCUCCCUGAAUAGCCUGUGUGAAGAAGAUUUAUGGAUGACAACACACAAAGGAGGACUCUUGAACACUGAAAUAUUUCAGUGAAUUAUCAUAUGAAUUAUCUUGCGUGUAUAUCUAUUGUGUAUAUAUAAAGAAAGAAUAUUAGAACAGUGAAUUAUUGAUAGCUUUGCACUCGAGUCCUACAACCAGGCUUUUUAGGAGCUAGAAAACAGCAUUUUAAUGAACCAUGGACUACUUCUCAAGAAAAAAAACAAUGAAUUUUCAACACUGUGAAAUGGUGUCUGCAUGUAAAGUUAUUAUUCACGAUGUCAGCUGUUGCCAAUAGCAGUUUAUCCUGGGUGUAUUGCAUAAAUCUAAUAUAUGAGGCAUUAUUUAUCUGGUCACACUUUACAAUAAGGGUCCAUUUACUAUCAUUACUUAAUGAAGUAAUCACCAUUAAUUAAUUGUUAACUAAUAACUAAUGCAACUAUAAUUGACCGCUAAUUAAUGCUGUUUGUGACCCUUUUUGUAUAGGUGAAAACAUCCUAUGAAAUACAUAAUUGACAUUUCAUAAAUGCAUGAGUGGUUAAUAAGCAUUACUUAACCGUAAUUAACUAUUCAUUCAUGCUAUUUGUAAUCAUUAUUAUGCUGAAGGCAUAGAUCCCUUAAGUAACUUUCUCUAAUGUCUUUAUGAAUGACUUAAUAAUGAUUUUCUGAGACAUUAAUUAACAGUUCAUGGUUGCUGAUUAUUGCACAAGCUAAUGCUAAAUAAUGUACCCAUAUUGUAAAGUGUGACCUAUUAUCAUAAUGCUUACUCCUGAACUUUUUUUGCCUCAGUAUUACAGGUGAUAGGAAAAAGUCAUGAGGCUGAGGAUGGAUGUUCUAAAUAUGAAAAACACUACAACUUCAAAAUUAAACAGCCUUUUCCUUUUUAUGAGAACACAAAAUAUCUAAUGCUUCAUGUUUUUAUACUUUUGGUUCAUAUACUAUUACGUCACAAACUAAGUAGAGUGAGUCCAAAUAAAUUAUAAUGUCUUAAGUUUGAUAAAUCCAUUUGAGAAUAUUUUUUGCCAUGUUAGUUGGAUUUAGUUUAACCUUUCUUAUAAUUCUCUUAUCAUUUACAUCAGUGAGAAACAGCUGCAGUGACUGCAGACCUAAUACUGUAUGCAUAAGAUUACCUAUAAAAUUAGAUAAAUAGAACAUUUGUCUGGCUGUUUGAAUGCCAAACGUGUCAGUCCGGUGAAGCAGUGAAACCGCGGAGGAAACGCAAUGCCGAAAGCUUUUCAGUUUGUUUUCAGAGGGAGGGUGAAAAUUUGUUUUUUCCCACCCAUGUUUGGGGAGAGGCAAGUGUGAAAGUUCACUUCUGCACAGACUGAAAGAGGAGUGCCUUCCAACAGAGUCAAAAACGGACUCUUUCAGAACAAAGUUAAGGAGGCCUGCAAACUAACCAACUAGUAUGAGUUUCAUAAUGUACGUUUUUGGGCUGUGUUGCUACUUUCCUCUCUCUCUGCUCUUUUAAAAAAAUGCAAUGUGGUAUUGCCACACUUUUAAUAAGCUACUCGGGCCAGUGCUUUAAGGGCAGAUGUGUAAUAAGCUCAGUUUUACGUUGUGGUCUAUAUCGGGCCCUUCUCUGGCUGCUGAGCUGCGGGUUGUAGCUAGCCCGGGGUUACUGCGAUCUCUCAGUAUGCUAGCCUUAGUGAUCCUUGACUUAGCUAACGCUCAGAACUGGGCCCUCUGAAAACUGGAGUCAGUCGUGUGUAGCACGAAGGCACCAUGUUUAUCAUAACAGUCCAUGUUACAGACUGUGUAUGUGUUGUUUUUGAGCACAGUGAGAAGUUGUCAAAACAUCAGUUUUAAUUGACUGCUGAAUAAAAUGUUCUGGUGGCUAUAUUUGUA